CGCUGUGCGUGAGUUGUUGUUGUGAGGAGCUGCGGCUGCUGCUGCUGCCGAAAUGCCCGAGCCGGCCAAGUCCGCCCCCGCGCCCAAGAAGGGCUCCAAGAAGGCGGUGACCAAGACGCAGAAGAAGGGCGACAAGAAGCGCAAGAAGAGCCGCAAGGAGAGCUACUCCAUCUACGUGUACAAGGUGCUGAAGCAGGUGCACCCCGACACGGGCAUCUCGUCCAAGGCCAUGGGCAUCAUGAACUCCUUCGUCAACGACAUCUUCGAGCGCAUCGCGGGCGAGGCCUCGCGCCUGGCGCACUACAACAAGCGCUCCACCAUCACCUCGCGGGAGAUCCAGACGGCCGUGCGCCUGCUGCUGCCCGGCGAGCUGGCCAAGCACGCCGUGUCCGAGGGCACCAAGGCCGUCACCAAGUACACCAGCUCCAAGUAAAUGCUUGGCUAAAACCUGCUGAACCCAAAGGCUCUUUUAAGAGCCACCCACUUUCUCAGUAAAAGAGCUGUACCACUGAUGACUUGCCCAGCUUCUCCCCGCGUCUGCUUUGGGUUCUCCUUUCAAGGAAGAAAACACGGGAAGAUUGGUUUUUGUUUUUUUUUAACUUUUCUGUCCUUUUCUGCAUUAAUCUGUCACUAAUUGUUAUAAAAGUACGAAAUCCUGAGAAACUCGACACUCUGGGCUGACUUUGUCGGCUCCCAGGUCUCAUCAGGCAGCCGCUAAUGAGGCUCAAAGCGCAGGCGUUCUCAGGUCCUCCCUCUCAUCCCCGGGUAAUUACAUGCCACCAUGGAUGCAGAUCAAAGCCAUUAUCGCUUCCUAACUGGAUCUUAAUAAUCCUGAAUUACAACUAUAUAUUGUGAACUUCCUGUACAUAUAUGAAUUCAUACAGGGACCACGGAAUCACAAAAGUGAAUUUUCUAGAACUGACUUGGAUAUCCUUUGGUGGGACAGGUAAUGAGACAGACACCACGUCUCUAAUAAAUCUGUCUCCUAUUACUUAGAAAUGUUAAUUUCAGUUUGAAGGCUUAGGGGGACUUCUCAGACUGGAUUUCAGAUAUCUGGUGGGAAGAGGCGUUCUCCAAACUCUUCUUUAUCAGCUUGAAAUGGGGUUUUGCAAUCUCUCCAAGGGCUUUAGUGCAAACUCUGAAGCACAGGUUGCUUAUUCUGAAUGCCUGUGUAUGCCUAAUACCUGAAAAGAUUAAUAAACCAUUGUAUAUUCCA